GCUGUUGCGGGCAGCAGAAGCGCUGCCAGCGGUCACACAGACGCUGAUGGAGCUCGGGGACUAUGCCCGGGCUAACAAAAUCAACACGGUGGCCCUGACUGACGCCCAGGUGACCUCCGUGAGGGCCACAUUUCAGUGCCUGGUCUGUCGAGACGUCAUGGACGAGCCGGUGGUCGCCCAAUGCUGCAGAAGCCUCAUUGGGUGCAGGGUGUGCAUUGACCAGUGGUCCGCCACCAGCACACACUGCCCCAAGUGCAGGGAUGAGGAAUUUUCCUCCAACUACUUUGCCAUCACAGGGAUGGGGGAAGUGGUUGAUGUGUUCCGGGACACCAUCGGCCACUAAUUUUGUAUUUUUAUAAAUGGUUCUGUUUUUUUCUUCUUUAUUGUUCGAUGUCCUUCUGUUAUUGUGUUACAUGU